AUGACAAUCGAUGAGCAGAAAGUAACAGCCGAGGAACUAAAAAAUCGUGGUAACGAAGCAUAUAAAGGAGAAAAUUUUCGAGAAGCUUUUGAUUUCUAUACGAGAGCGAUUGAAUUAAAACCCGAAUCCGGAAUUGAAGCGAUGAUAUAUCGCAAUCGAGCAAUGGUCAGACUAAAAAUUCGGGACUACGAAGGAUGUGAAGCUGAUGCUACGCAUGCACUGGGCUUUAAUGGAGCAGACACGAAAGCGCUUUUUCGUCGUGCAUUAGCUCGCGAACAGUUGGGACUAUACAGUGCAGCAGUCGUCGACACUAAGGAGGCUCUGAGAUACGAUUCAAAAAAUAGAGGUCUCAUUGAUCUUUUGCACCGUUUAAUGAAAAUAAUUGCACAAAAAGAAAAAGAAGCAAAUAGUAUGGAAAAUCGAGUUAAUCAAAUGACUAAUAUCGCUUUUAAUAACGAUGAACUCGAACAAAGGAUUUCGGCAAUGAAUAAUUUGCUGGUCCUUGCAAGAGAUUCUGAACUUGGAGCUUCGCGAGUUUGGAAUGAUGGACGGAUUAUGUACACGGUUUUAACUCUUAUUAAUGAUCCUCAAGCAAAUGAUGAGCUUAUAAUUACAGCUAUAAGAAUAUUGGAUGAAUUAACUAAAAGCAGUCGACGGGUUUAUUUUACUGUGCAAAUGGUGGAUAAACUUGGUAUUCCGAGACUUGUGCGACUUAUUGAACAACACUCCAGUUCCAAAUAUUUGUAUGCCUGUGGCGUACUUUUACAGCAUGUAUUCAAUGCAUUAGCAGCAAUGGAUCGCCAAAAAGAAAUCAAACCAGAUCUGGAAAUCUCUGAAACCAACAAAGUGCUUAUAAUCCGUUUGAUUUUGGAAUUAGAGGAAAUGCUUACUGACCCAAAAGUUGGAAGUUCAAUUAGAGAGACAGUUAUCGAUCUUUUCUCGAAGAAUUUAAUGCAUAUGGAUGGUGGUUUACCGAGAGGAUGGAGCUGGCGAUUUGUGGAGGAUAGAGGUCUUUUGAAAUUACUACAUGUGUCGACACAAAUUCCUGAACAGUGUGAAUAUCCUGUUUCGGUAGAAACACGACAACAUCUCGCCAUUUGUUUAGCUCGUCUUUACGAUGAUAUGGUGUUCGAUACGAAACGAGCAGUAUUCAAGGAUCGUCUCGAUGCUUUUUUUAACAAUUUAAUGGAAUAUGUCAGUAACCCAUCUUCAAAACUAAAAUUGGCAGCAAUGUUGAUCACUUUACUUCAGGGGCCGGUCGAUUUGGGCAUAAAUUUCGUUACAAAUGAUCAAAUUAUUGCUAUGAUGCUUGAAAUGGCUUCAAAUGAUGAUCAUUUACAUCAAAGUAUUGCUGCUGAGCUUAUAGUACAAACCGUCAGCAAGCGUGAAAGAGCAACUAAAAUUUUAAAAAUUGGUGUUCCUGUUUUAAAGAAGUUGUAUAACUCAAAAGAUGACGAUGUGAAAGUGCGUGCUCUAAUGGGUCUGUGUAAAUGUGCAUCUGCUGGAGGCGACGAUUCAAGUAGACAAACAAUGCAAGAAGGGAGCACUUUAAAACUCGCUCAAACUUGUAAGAAAUUCCUUCUCGAUAUUAAUCGGUAUUCUGUCGAUGUUCGAAGAUUUGCAUGUGAAGGGUUAUCGUAUUUAUCGUUGGAUGCAGACGUUAAAGAAUGGAUUGUCGAAGAUCCAUUACUUCUCCAAGCUCUUUUGUCUCUAGCAAAAAGUGCUGGUGCUCUUUGUGUUUAUGCAUUGGCGAGUAUAUAUGUGAAUCUUACUAAUUCAUAUGAAAAGCCAAAAAUUGAAGAGGAACUUGUCAAACUUGCACAGUUUGCAAAGCAUCAUGUGCCGGAGACUCAUCCGAAAGAUACCGAUGAUUGUAUCGAGCGUCGUGUCCAUCUUCUAGUUGCUGAUGGGGCAACAUCGGCUUGCGUUGCUAUAUCAAAAACUGAAAGUAGAAAUGCCCUGGAAUUAUUAGCGCGUGCAAUGCUUGCUUUUACCGAAUAUCCUGAUCUAAGGGGUCAGAUACUUAGUGAAGGUGGCGCUAAGCUGCUUCUUCAUUUAACUAAAGAAUCUACUCCAGAAGGUAAAAUUAAAGCGGCACACGCAAUUGCUAGACUUGGCAUUGAGGCUAACCCUUCUCUUGCUUUUCCGGGACAAAGGAUUUAUGAAGUUGUUCGACCCUUAGCAGAACUUUUACAUCCCGAUAUUGAGGGUCGCCCUAAUUAUGAUGCAUUAUUAACAUUAACCAAUUUGGCAAGCGUAAAUGAGUCAGUACGUCAGCGAAUUUUAAAAGAGAAAGUCGUGCCGAGAGCAGAAGAAUAUUGGUAUAUGACUGAUCAUCCACAUUUACGUGCUGCAGCAGCAGAAUUACUUUUGAAUUUGUUGUUUUGUGAGGAAUUUUUCAACUCCACGAUUGAGCCAUCAACUGAUAAAUUAAAAUUAUGGGUAUUAUAUAGCGCAGAAGAUGAUGAACGAUUAGCACUUGCUUCAGCAGCUGGUUUUGCAUUAUUAACUGAAAGUGAGAAAGCAUGUAAACGAAUUAUCAGCGAAUUGAAAAGUUGGCCUAGUGUUCUAAAAGAUAUUUGUAUGGCUGAACAUCCUGAAAUACAGCGUCGAGGAAUGAUUGCUGUAGCUAAUAUGAUUGAAAGCUCGAAAGAAGUUGCAAGUGAAGUUGUUGCUACAGAACUUUUCCAUGUUUUGGUUGCAAUCACGAAAUUGAAGAAUAAAGAACGUUUCAACGCUCAAAAAGAAGCGCAACGUGCAUUGGAUGCAGCAAUAAAAUGGGACAUAAUACGACCCACCGAUCGCGAACUUUAUGAAAAGAAGACUGGUCUGUCAACACUUCCUGAAGAUUAA